AUGUCUUACUUGGCAAAAUCAUUCGGCUACUGUCUUGUGCUGUCUGUGCACCUGACUAUCAUCAGACCAAGUGAAAAGAGCUCUAGGAGUGAGGAUGAAUUUGAGAGGAACAUCAAAGUGUUGAUAGAGAACAUCAGAUCCUUGUCAAAAGAAGAACAGGGAGAAGAGGCCUCACCAAAUCUUCAUCAGAGCAUGAGCAGAAUGUCAGCACCCAUUGAGAGAAUCGCAAUUGACAGCACUAACCUAGAUACUUACUUGACAAUAUUCAACAGUUUAUUCUCCAUAUACCAGCCCGCAAUGAUUGACAGUUUCAUUGAAACUCUCCCUCAGACUUUAAUUUGCGUUUUGGUGGACAGACAGCACUGUGGAUGGCAAGGAGAUUUAACCAGUAUCGUUUCAUCUGCAUUGAAUGAACAAGUACUUUCUGUGAUCUCCUCUGUUAAAGCUGAAGCUUGCAUGUCAACAUCUAAUCUGCGAAUGGCAGACUCCACUAUGGCUCAAUUAAGCUCUCUUCAGGAGAUGUUGACGAAUGUUUUGCCCUCAGACCUCCCAUUUUAUCUGCUGUCAGACAACUUUUUAGCCUUAUGGAAUAGUUUUAUGGACAUGGCAAUUCCACCAGUGAUGUCAUUCAUGUCUGAUUUCAUGUUGAGUGCUCUUCAAACGCCAGUGGAUUUUCUAAACCUGGGAUUACAGUUUGGCAUUAAGAUCCCUACCCUAGACCAGAGUGAGAAGUGUCAACAAGGUGAUCUCAAACAGCUUAUCAUGUGGGGCAUGAAUAAUAAUGUAAGCUGGUCUUUUGGACAGUCACUUCUGGAUAUGUUUUUGGCCCCUGAAACUCCUCCUUGCGGUUUCCCAAGUCCAGAAUGCCAGGCCACAGGCAGUAUCCAGUUCGGUCGUACUGGCACAACCUCAGUGAACAUUCCCACGUAUAGUCUCACCUGCGAACGGCAAAACCUGAACCAACUAAACGAAACCCUUUGUGCAGCAAUUUUAGGAGCAACAUCUCAGGAAUCCUAUGUCCUUUAUCAGAUGUGUCGAGCGCUCCGCACACUCUCUCAAACUGAAGUGACAAAGGUCUGGAGGAACGUGUGUCACAUGAUCAAGAACGUCAGCUUACCUCUCAUUGAGCCCUGUAGUGAUCUUGGCAUCGCACAAUCAAGUCUUAUUGCGCGGUCCACUCUCAGCCUCAGCGAACUACUCUGCGACUAUCAGAACUGGACUAUUGCUGACGCUGUGGACCCAGCUCUGGUCACAAUGUGCAGUGAAAAUGAUCAUGCGGCAUUCAUUCUUGCUGUGUGUAACAAUGCUGAAGCUAUGCAAGUGCUGGUCAGAAAUCCUAGUAAUGCUUGGGUGUGGGAAUUCUGUGCAAACGUGUCAGACACGUACAUAGUGAACCUGUAUUGUUCAUAUAACAUGUGGACUGCUGAAACCAUCGACCCAUCAAUAGUGACGUUCUGCUGGUAUAAUGACAUGGAGAGAUUUCAGUUUUUUCUGUGUGACAGUAUGCCCUUCUUUAUGGUUGUGUUCUCCAGUGAAGAAAACAACUGGCUGAAGCCCAAUUGCUCUCAACCUCCUCCACAAAUCGACAUCAACACCCUUGUGGCUGAGUCUUGCAAAUACUCCGAAUGGAAGAGCGUACGAGCAAUCACCCCUGAACGGAUCUCUGUAUGUAUCCAAAAUGAUGAGGUUCGAUUCAUUAAUGAGGUGUGUGUUAACCACACGUUUGUCACUGAACUUUUGCUGAACAGCGAAAAUGCUUGGGUAGAGCAAUAUUGCACAUAUUCUAUCAGGAAUCCCCCUACAAGCCCACCGCCGCUGAGCAUUGAUAUUUGGUGUAACUAUAGCAAAUGGACUAACAUGUCUGUGGAUCCAUCUGUGGUUGCUCUAUGCUGGCAGUAUGACCAGAUCGGCUUCCAUCAGAACGUCUGCUGCAACAUACCCUUGUAUGACAAGUUGUCUCUUCAUGUUGACAACCAAUGGCUGAUUAGAGAGUGCUCUGAUAAUGACACCACAAAUUUGUUGGAGCAACUUUGCGUCUAUUCAGACUGGAGCCAGCCUACUAUUGUAGACAUGACUGAACUUGCUCUCUGUGCAGAUCUUGACACUGAGAACUUCACUCGGAAUGUAUGUGCCAACGCUACGGUUCUCCAGAAUCUGCUGGCAAAUUUAGACAACACCUGGUUAUUGAAGCAAUGCUCAAACCUGACUGCGCCUGGCCCAGGUGGUGGGGCUGGGAACGGGGGUAGCCUGAUGGGUUUCCGACCGGCUGAGCAGUGUCAGUACUCCAGUUGGGCUUUGGUGCUCCCGGAUGCUGCUCUCCUCGCUCUUUGCUGGGACUAUGACCAGGCCAACUUUAUCUCCUUCAUCUGUGCUGACUCUUCCAUGCUCACCCACAUCACUCGGGAGCCCUCCAGCCUCUGGGUCGGCACUCUCUGUGCUACAUACACAGCUCCCCAAACCACCAGUGUCGGUGGGAGCAACGAAACAACUUCCCAGCCAUGUCUAACUAGGGAGUUAGCUAAGAAGCUAAACUGGACAUGCAGCACAGACUUCAGCGCUGUCUGCCAACCAGGUGCCAGUCAAGUCCAGGGUCUUCGGUUGCUGUUGCGCUGUGGGAUAAAGAUCAUCCAGCCUCGCUUGGAGAAUCUCAUGACUACACGGGUGAUAUCGGUGGUCAAGCGGGCCACCAGCCUGUGGGUUGUCCUGCUGUUGGCUCUAGAAGAAAGCCAUUUGACCUCUCUGAGGGUGACCGAGAAUAUUCAGCUUAGUGUGUUUGACUCAAUUGUCAUCUACAUGGACAAUGAGACCAACUUUGACAACAAGCGUGUGCUUUUGCAGUGCUUUGGGAAAGUUCUGACCAGUCUAAUGCAAACAGGAAGAGAUGUGCCCACUAACUUUUUCCUGAUCAAGGAGUAUUUCCGUAUUCCUCUAUCUCAUUUGAGAUCAGUGCUCAGUGCAGCAGACAGCAUAAUUGUGAGGGAGAUCCUGCUGUACUAUAACAGGAACUAUGCCACUUUGCAGCUAACAGAUGAUUACCUGCACACCAUGGUGUCUGUGCUCUUCCAAAUUCACUUGCCCAGGGAUAUUAGCCUGUUUCCUGACAUGGGUCUUUUGUUGGCUCUAGCUACCCCUUCAGACAUCUUGUCAAUGCCGCCACUACAAAAUAAUAUCAAUGUGUUAAGCAUCAUUAACUUCAGCAUCAAAAACCUUUCCCUGGAGCAGCAGCAAGCGUUUGGUCGAUGGUUCAGUCAGUCCAUGAGCUUGCCUAACAUGACAGCCGGCAGCUUAUCCUUUAUCAGAGACACUGGUAACCUGAUCGCCUAUCUGCCCUUCCAGAGCUUCCAGUACCUCUCACCUGCUCAGCUGCUGGAUGGUUUGGAUGUCCUGAUGAGUAACCGGUUGGGUCUCCUUAAGCAGCAGUUCAUUGCUCAGAGUCUCAUUGGAACCUUCGGGAAUCUCACUGUCAACCAGAUCAGGAGGUUAGGUAAUCUGUCCUGUCUGGCUCACCCCAGCCAGCUGAUGGCAUAUGCAGGAACGGAAGCCUACUCAGUGAUCCAGGACAACAUCAGGACGUGUGUGGUCCAGGGUUUUAGUGUUCCUAGCAAUAUGAUUUCUAGCUUGGUCUUGAAAUCGUCUGACCUGCAGUCUCCCUCCAGUCUCACUCCUCAGAGAGUCUCUGAGCUUGGCCCUUUUCUGCCCCUGCUCGGAUCCAGUGUCCUGCAGCAGCUGACCUCAGCCCAGCUCAUGCCUGCUCUCAGCACCCUCGCCUCUGUGCCUUUCACCCCUGCACAGGCACGUGUUAUCUUCGACAAGAUCUCAGCCAAUUUUAGUGUAACGUCCUCGCAUUGUUUUUUCAUUCAACAGGCUAAAGCUCUCUUUAAAGAGGCGGUCUUCUCUCACCCAAGUCUCUCACUACAAGAAUUUCUAUCUCUGGGGACACUGGCUACGGGAGUGAAUUGCUUGGACCUUAGACGAUUGUUCCAGAACCUGGCAUCUCUAUUGCCUCUACGUGACAUUAUGACAUUUCUAAAAGAGCAGCCUGUGCCACUUCACCCCUCACUGAAAAAAUGUGUAAUUGAGGAACUGUACGAGUUUGACUUCUUCUCAGAUUUACUUGGAGAUUUGGGUUCUCAGAUUGCCCUGUCACUUCCGCUGAGCACCAUUAAGAAAUUUCCACAAGAUAAGAUGGAUUCCCUGAGGAAAAUUAUAAUACAGGACCCAUAUUACUUCCUACUGCUUCCCAGCACCAAACAAGCUGUCCUGGUGGACAAGAUGGUUCAAAGACUGAAUAUGUACACUGGCCUGUACACUGAAGAGGAGUUUCGUUCGCUAGGUGUCAUGGCUACAUUUGUGACAGAUGAAAUGUUUUGGAAAUUGGAUAGGAGGUUUUUUGUUGAUGGUCUGGAGUUCCUACGAAGAUUCUGCUACAAUGCCAAUAAACGAGACAUGGUGGCAGACAUGCUACAGAAACAGUGGACAUUUGGCCCUGUAAAAAACUGGACAUCAGAGACACUGAACCAAGUGGACCGCUUCUUGUUUUUUCUCCCGAAGGACACUAUUCGGCUCAUCCCCUUAGGUUUGAUGAGCUUAGAGCGCAUCGAGAGGCUGUUCCUGAGUCAGCAGAAGUGGGAGAGAGGAGAGUUUGGCUCUCUGUGUCAGAAACCCUCCGAGCUGUUUGAGAAGAAGCAGUUUGUGCUUCAGUUCUUCCUUGGCUUCCUCAGAAUGGGACGUGCCCCUUAUACUGGACUGAUCCCCUCUUGUGAGAGCCUGCAUGUGACACAACCUGCUGCCUGGACUAUUGACAGCCUUAGAAACAUGCCACAAGCUGCAUUUCGGAGGUGCUUGGAGCUCAUUGGCCAGGAUCCAUUUUUCAGUGCAUUCGAGCUGUUAAUGCUCCUUACAAAGACCAAAGAGGUGUAUGGGAUGCCUUCCUCUUUUAACUCUUCAGUGAUCUCUCAGUUGGGUCGCAUUGCCACUCAGCUUUCACUUGAAGAAUUGGCCUCUCUUAGACUCUCUGAAAUUCAGUCAAUUUCAGCUACGGGGGCUCUCAACACAUGGACCAGCAGACAGCUGAAAUCACUAUUCUCCACGGUUCUGAACUCAACCACAAAGACUCCUAGCCAGUUCAACUCCAGCACUUUUGUGGCACUGGGGCACAUUGUGUGUGGGAUUGAUGCACCAAUCAUGCGCAUCCUGAAUCCAGUAGAGUUCAGUAAAGCAGUUUUGUGGCUUGGCCGUUUGAAUUUGUCUUGCUCUGAGGAACAGCUGCAGGCAUUGAUAGGGCUGCUCAGUCAUAGCUUGGCAUUUGGACCGGUCAGCUCCUGGGGAUCAGAUGUCUUCAUUGAGAUUGGAGCGAUUGCAGCGGGCCUGCCUGACAUAGCCAUGUCUGCUUUGGUGAGGGAACAGAUAGAAGGAAUUACCCCACUUGCCAUCUCGCUCAUCCCAGCGGGCAAAUUUGCAGUGGUGUUUAACCAGGCACAGAUUCGUAUGUUCACGUAUGAUCAGGCCAUUGCUGUGACUGAGGCCCAGCGCUCCGCUCUGUCUCCAGUACAGCAGACGGCUCUGUCCAUGGUGCUCAACCCCUUGGAGGACAAACCUGUUGAUUUCAGAGGCAGGUCACUGGGAGUUGCAAUGCAUCCCUGUCCUUUCUUCUACCUCUCCAGCAUCCUGAUAAUGCUGCUAGCAGUACCACCUGUUGCUGAAAAUGAAAAAAGGCAUAACAUCUCCGCCCGUCUUCCUCUGCAGAACUGUGAUCAAACAGUGAACUCUCACGGAAGGCAGCUGCUGCAGCUCUGUCAGAAUCUGGCUCUGUACAUCGUCAAUGGAAGACUGCGAGGAGACUCACUCGGUCGCUUCACCUACAGCUCAGCUCUUGAUUUCCCCAUAACACUGAAAGAAUUGGAAGAUAAAUUAUGGGUCCUUGAGCCCAAGAAAGCCUGUGGUGUUGACGGCAUCCUGAACGAGAUGCUGAAACACACAGAGCAAAGCUUCAAACUGGCCAUCCUCAAACUCUUCAGUGAUGUUCUGUGUGUAGGGUUCUUCCCUGAGAUCUGGAACCAGGGCCUCAUCAGCCCCAUUCACAAGAACGGAGACAAACUGGACCCCAACAUCUACCGAGGCACCUGUCUCACUCUCCAUGACACAGAGAUAAAGUGUCUUCUUUACGCAGACGACCUGCUUCUCCUGUCGCCCACUAAAGAAGGGCUUCAGGACAGCCUGAAUCUGCUGGAGGAUUACUGUCAGACCUGGGCCCUGACAGUCAACCUCCAAAAAACUAAAGUCAUGAUCUUCCAGAAACGCUCCGCCCUCCGUCUUCGUUAUUGGUUCUUCCCUGAAAUCUGGAACCAGGGCCUCAUCAGCCCCAUUUACAAGAACGGAGACAAACUGGACCCCAACAACUACCGAGGCAUCUGUGUGAACAGUAACCUGGGGAAGACGACCUGGUUCUCCUGUCGCCCACUAAAGAAGGGCUUCAGGACCAGCUGA